GUCACCGUGGCCUACGUGGAGUCGCGGCUCUUCAUGGCCGAAGCCUCGGCGGAUCCCAACGCCACCAACGACUGGGACGACCCCUUGGAGGAUGAGGUUCUUCGGGCGGAACAGCUGGAAGUGCUGUCCAACUUGGGUCGAUGUAGGACAUUUGGUCUCAAAAAGGGCAAGCAUCGGUCGUUUAAAAAGCCGCCAUUCGCCAUGGCAACCAUGAACUUCCAUGCAGAACUGCUGAACGGCCGUCGGAUCGCUAUCCCCAUCCCUUUGGACAUGACCAUCAGAGAGUUGAAGGAAGAACUGAAGGAUUUCCAGGGCUCGGCGGACGAGAAGAUUCGAAAACUCUGCGCUGUGGAUAUUCUCAUUGAUGGGGAAGCGUUGAACGAUCUUGAUGCAAUAGUGUCAAAGAUUCUCCCCACCUUCAGAGCGAAUGUGCAGGUCGCGUUCAGAAUACCACCUCCACCCAUUCUGUGUUCCAUGAAGGAGCUCGCGGGUUGCAAUGUGGAGGACUUGCGUUACGUAGGGGUCCCCUACCCCGAAAGAGAGAUUCCGCCCCAUGGCUUUGCAGGUUGCCAUGCCCUGUUUCUUGUUGAUAUUGCGGACUCGGUGACUCGACUUGGGCCCUCAGCCUUUGCUGGCUGCAGCUCUUUAAGAAGUUUGGCAAUCCCCGACACUGUGACUGAAAUCGGACAGGGCACGUUUGAUGGCUGCAGUUCCUUAGCGGACCUGAGCAUUCCAAGGGGUUUGAGAAGCAUUGGAAGGAGGACCUUUAUUGGCUGCACCUCUUUGACAAAACUUGCCAUCCCCCCCUCAGUGACAGAAAUCGGGGAGUCCGCAUUUGCGGGUUGCAGCUCUUUGAGGAGCCUGAACCUCCCAGAGUCUGUGAUGAGCAUUGGGCGUAAUGCCUUUGCAGGUUGCCGCUCUUUGUCCAGUUUGGACAUCCCAAACGGUGUGACUGAAAUUUGGGAUGGAACCUUUGAUGGUUGCGGCUCCCUGAUGACUCUAAGCAUACCUGCAUCUGUGACCCAAAUUGGUCAAGGCGCAUUUGUUGGCUGCAGCUCUUUGACAAGUUUGACCAUCCCAGAGUCUGUGACAUGCAUAAAGGAUGGCGCCUUUGACGGCUGCAGCUCUUUGAGGAGUUUGACAUUCCUUCCGGGUCUGCUGUCUAUGGGAAAGUAUGCCUUUGCUGGCUGCAGCUCUUUGACAAGGUUGGACAUCCCCAACUCAGUGACAGAAAUCGGAGACGGUGCUUUUGAUGGCUGCAGUUCUUUGACAAGUUUGACCAUCCCUGAGACAGUGAGGCUUGGACAGCAGAACCUGAUUCCUCAGCAAGUCUUCGAAAAGAAGAUGACGUCAGUGGCUCGUCUACAUGAUGGGUGCGCUGGUGGGUGGCCAUGCAUCAGCCAAGGUGCAGUGAGUCGAGGUGAGUUGGCCGGACGGAUUUUCCGCUUGGUGAACCUCACCGUGGGGGUCGCCCAGAAGUUCGCCAGUUCAGCAAAAGCAAACCUGCGAGGGAUUAGAGAUUGCGUGCCUCGACUGGACCUUGGGACUCUGGUGACGCCAGCUGAUCUUCAGUACUUGUACUUCUUGGAGCAGUUCCGAAAGUUGUAUAUCGGUGAGCACGCGAAGCAGGUGGUACAGCAGCAGGUGAAUGAGCGCCUGGCUACGGUGCUGGGUCUGGAAGAUGAGAACGCGGUGCUGGGUCUUCUCAUCAACAAGAUUGGAAACAACCUCCAGCAGAGAUAUCAGAUCGAGUCAGUGGUCAAGAAGACACUGGCGCUUUUCCAUGAGCUUGCUGCUGGCAUCAACAUCGUUCAUACAUCAGAUCGCUCUCCGCACCUGAUUGUGUGCGGCCGACUGCUGCUGAAGAACGAAAUGGUGAAGUACAUUCUGAGCAAUCACGCCUCUCCGGAGUUCGGAUUCCUGACUUACAGCUUGCAAUACGGGAAGUACAGAACUAUGUACUAUCACACUCUGGGCAAGCUGCUCUUUAUGGACAUCAGAGACAACAAGGAGGCCUUUGAAAAGUUCAUGGAGCCGCAAGGUCUGAUUCUCACGCAACUCUGGCAGCAGAGCUGCCAAAAUCCACAGUUGCUACGACAGGACCAUGUGAAACCAGCCUUGAUCGGCUUGUGUCGCGACCUGCGCGGUAUCGGCUUAGCCUGUACCAGCUGCGAGCCAUACUCGAUGCUCUUUGAUUGGCUGGUGGACAACCCCAAGAACCCCUCGAUCAAUCGAGUGAAUCUCUUCUCUCGAGCGCUGGAUGCCUGGUGGGAUGAUCCAGAGGUGACAACGCCUUUGUUGAAGUUCAUGGCUGAAUUCGUCCACAACAAGGCUCAGCGAAUCACCUUCGACCAGUCCUCGCCCAACGGCAUUCUUCUUUUCAGAGAAGCCUCCGCCAUUCUGGUGACCUAUGGUACCAGAAUCCUGCAGCGCACGCAGUUCCGUGACGUCUAUGUGGAGAAGUACAAAGGCAUUGGGGUCUGCCUCGACAUGUUCUCUCAUGCGCUCCACGGGAACUACACCAACUUCGGCGUCUUUGAGCUCUAUAGCGACAACUCCCUCUCCAACUCCAUGGCGCUGGCCCUUCGCAUGUGCUUGGCCAUUCCAUUGCAGGAGCUCAAUGCGUAUCUGAAGGCUCUGAAACCCUACUAUUACUUCGUGGAGCUUGCCACGCGUGGCCAUAUGCCCAAGGUGAUGGAACUCGAUUCCGGAACCUUCUCCCAGUUGAUGCAAAGCGUGGAGGAAGGUCUGUUGUCCUUUGAGACCGGAGUGCAGAUGCAAAGCUGCGCCGUGGUGGACAAUGUGAUCUCCUAUUUCCACUCUCAACUCACUGGCAAGAGCACUCCCGAGCAGGACCGAGUGCGGCGUUUCUUGCAGGAGGCGCCGCAGUGUCUGCAGAAAAUCCUCCAUUUGAUGUUCCAGCUGGUGAUGACAGGCGAGUUCAGUUCCAUGUGGUCGAUCAGUCGACCCUUGUUGGGACUCAUCUUGCUGCACGAUCAGCACUACUUGCAGCUGAAGGAACAGCUCAUCAACCAGCAGAUCGAAGAAAAGCGCGCCAAGCUUCGCAGUUAUUUCGACGACCUAAUGACGGGCGUGGAGAAUAGCAUGAACACCAAGAACAAGGAUCACUUCACGCGAAAUCUCUACAACUUUGCGCAGGUGGUUCGCACGUUGUCUUGA